AUGGGGAAAGAGGACAGAUUCAAGACACAGAAGCGCGUCUCAACCGCCUCCGGCGUUCUUCCGACGACGAGGGCGAGUGGUGGCGGAGGAGGAAGAAAACAACCGCCACGUGGCAGACAGAUCAAGAAGACGUUCAAUAACUUGAAGAUGACUAUCCUCUGUGGCUUCGUCACCGUUCUCGUCCUCCGUGGCACAAUCGGCGUUAACUUCGGCACCUCCGACGCCGACGCCGUUAACCAGAACCUAAUCGAAGAAACCAACCGACUUCUAACCGAGAUCCGAUCCGAUUCGGAUCCUACAGACCCGAACGAGCCUCCUGAUUCCGAUCUCGAUCUCAACACGACCUACACUCUCGGACCCAAGAUCACUAACUGGGACCAACAGCGAGAAACCUGGUUAACGCAAAACCCAGAUUUCCCCAAUUCCGUCAACGGCAAAGCUAGGGUUUUGCUGCUUACAGGCUCGCCUCCGAAGCCUUGCGACAAUCCAAUCGGUGAUCACUACCUGUUGAAAUCGGUGAAGAACAAAAUUGACUACUGUAGGAUUCACGGGAUCGAGAUUGUGUACAACAUGGCUCAUUUGGACAAGGAGCUUGCUGGGUAUUGGGCAAAGCUCCCAAUGCUCAGGAGACUGAUGCUGUCUCACCCUGAGAUCGAGUGGAUUUGGUGGAUGGACAGUGACGCUCUGUUCACAGACAUGGUGUUCGAGAUCCCGCUGUCUAAAUACGAGAAUCAUAACUUGGUUAUCCACGGGUAUCCGGAUUUGCUCUUCGAGCAGAAGUCUUGGAUUGCGUUGAACACUGGCAGCUUCUUGUUUAGGAACUGUCAGUGGUCGUUGGAUCUAUUGGAUGCUUGGGCUCCUAUGGGACCAAAAGGACCGAUUAGAGAAGAGGCAGGGAAGAUUCUCACUGCGUAUCUUAAGGGAAGACCGGCGUUCGAAGCUGAUGAUCAGUCUGCGUUGAUUUAUUUGCUGCUUUCGGAGAAGGACAAGUGGAUGGAGAAAGUGUUUGUGGAGAAUGAGUAUUAUCUUCAUGGGUUUUGGGAAGGGUUAGUGGAUAGGUAUGAGGAGAUGAUGGAGAAGCAUCAUCCUGGUUUGGGAGAUGAGAGGUGGCCCUUUGUUACUCAUUUCGUUGGUUGCAAACCGUGUGGGAGCUACGCGGAUUACGCUGUUGAGAGGUGUUUGAAGAGUAUGGAGAGAGCGUAUAACUUUGCGGAUAAUCAAGUGCUUAAGCUCUAUGGGUUUGGUCACAGGGGAUUGUUGAGCCCUAAGAUUAAGAGGAUCAGGAACGAGACUACGUUUCCGUUGAAGUUUGUAGACAGGUUUGAUAUUCGGAGAACAACAAGCAGCCGGUAA